ACGUUCCAACUUCAGAGCAACCUGAGUUGUUCCUAAAGAAACUUCAGCAGUGCUGUGUCAUUUUUGACUUCAUGGACACACUUUCUGAUCUUAAAAUGAAAGAAUACAAGCGCUCAACUCUUAAUGAACUUGUGGAUUACAUUACAAUAAGCAGAGGCUGUUUGACAGAGCAGACUUACCCUGAAGUAGUUAGAAUG